AUGCCGGGGCCACCGGUGCCGCCGGAGAACGCGCCGCCUGAUGCGCCGGCGGCGGCGGGCGGCAGCAGCGGCGAGCACCUCCGCGGCCACGCGCACCUGACCAACUGCAUCCACCUGCGCCACCACCACGCGCACGCCGGCGCCGCGUCCGGCCGGAGGCGCAGCCCCACCACGGGCGACUCCUCCGCCACGCUGAUGCGGGACCUCCUCUCGAUGCAGCGCUCCCGCUCGCUCCGGGACCCCUCCACCCGCCGCUCCGUCGACUCCGCCUCCAACAGGCUGGCCGCCGACCCCGGCGACCCGCCCGGCCGCGGGGCGCUCAAGACCCUCCUCGACCAGCUCGCGGAGGACGCGCUGCAGCCCAGGCCCGCCCGCCGCCCGCGCCGCCGGUUCAAGCGCGGCCAGGGCCGCCGCGCCGCCGCCGACGCCGCCCUAGAUCGCCCCGCGGCCGCCGCCUUCUCCGCCAACUCCAGCUCCCAGGAGGCCGUCUGCGGCAACAAGUACUUCUUCGGCGCCGGCGGAGGCGGCGACGACGACGGCAGCGAGGAGAUGCAGCAGCGCCCGCGCCCGCACCCGCAGGCGUCGCAGGACUCGCGCAGCGUCUGCGGCAUCCCCUGGAACUGGUCGCGCCUCCACAACCGCAGCAGGUCCAUCCUCGACACGGCCGGCCGGAGCCUCUCCUGCGGCCUCUCCGACCCCAGGGCUCCACCGGCGGCGCGGAGGUCCGAGGCCGCCACCUCCGCCGGCUCCUGCGGUGGCGGCGGCUACAUGAACGGGUCGCGCUCGCAUCCGCACUUCCCGGUGACCGCGAGGCUGACCUCCUCCAACAGCUCCGACUCCGACUCGCUGCCCCUGCUCGGCGAGGGCGCGCGCAGUCGGACUGGCAUCCGUGGCAUUUCCAGGAGCUUCUCGGGGGAGCUCGGGAUUUUCUCCAACCAGAGCAGUGAGUUCGAUUCCGACCUCAUGUCGGAGGCGCGGUCCGGGCAGAAGUCGCAGCGUGGCCGGCACCGGAGCCUCACGCAGAAGUAUGCGCCGAGGACGUUCAAGGACGUCGUCGGGCAGAGCUUGGUUGUGCAGGCGCUGUCCAAUGCCAUUCUCAAGAGGAAGAUCGGGUCCGUCUACGUCUUCUACGGGCCGCACGGCACAGGCAAGACGUCCUGCGCUCGGGUGUUCGCGAAGGCGCUGAAUUGCCACUCCGCCGAGCACCCAAGGCCCUGCGACACAUGUGCGUCGUGUAUCGCGCACAACCUCGGCAAGAGCAGGAGUUUGGUGGAGAUCGGGCCUGUUGGUAACAUUGACCUGGACAGCAUUGUGGAUAUCCUUGACAAUGUGAUGCUUUCGCCGCUACCGGCUCAUCACAGGGUGUUCAUAGUGGAUGACUGCAACACGUUGCCGCCUGAUACCUGGAGUGUCAUAUCGAAGGUUGUCGAGCGCGCGCCUCGGCGUGUGGUUUUUAUCCUCAUCAGCCCCAAUCUCGAGCUCCCACAUAUAAUCAUGUCGAGGUGCCAAAAGUUCUUUUUCCCGAAGCUGAAGGAAUGCGACAUAGUCAACACUUUGCAGUGGAUUUGUACCAGCGAUGGCCUGGAUGUUGAUAGAGAUGCAUUGAAACUUAUUGCUUCCCGGUCGGAUGGGUCAUUGAGGGAUGCACAGAUGACCUUGGAUCAGUUGAGUUUGCUUGGGCAGAGAAUUUCAAUCUCACUUGUUCAAGAACUUGUUGGCUUGGUUUCUGAUGAUAAAUUGGUAAAUUUGCUUGAUUUGGCACUAUCUGCUGACACUGCCAACACAGUGAAAACUCUACGCGAUAUUACUGAAACAGGUGUUGAGCCUUUGUCGCUCAUGUCUCAACUUGCCACAAUAAUAACUGACAUCCUUGCUGGCGCUUACACAUUCACACAAGGAGGAGUUCGAAGAAAAUUCUUCAAACGUCCAACAUUAUCAAAGGAGGAUAUGGAAAAGCUGCGCCAGGCCUUGAAAACACUCUCAGAAGCUGAAAAACAGUUGAGGGUCUCCAAUGAUAAGAUGACCUGGCUUACAGCUGCUCUGCUUCAGCUUGCUCCUGAUAAACAAUAUACACUGCCGAGUUCAUCCACAAGUACAAGUUUUAACCAGGGUCUGCCUAACUGCCACGAGGGGUACAUAGCAAGAAACUCUACUACAGAUAAUAACGAGAUAUAUGCCGGCCCCCUUGGUUACAAUGGUGGAAGGAGAGCCAGGGAACAUACACCAGAUGGCUACAAGCUGUCAACAAGUGCUACCAGAGUGAAUGAAGGAUCGAAAUGUAGCAGACCUGACAAUGAGAUGAUUUGGCAAGCUGUUCUGGAGAUUGUUCAGUCAGAUUCCCUGAGAAGAAUGAUGGCUCAGGAGGGGCGGAUUAUUUCUGUCAGCCUUGGCACAGCACCAACUGUACAGUUAAUGUUCAGCUCUCAUGUGAAUAAGUCCAAAGCUGAAAAAUCCAGGGGACAAAUUAUGCAAGCAUUUGAGUCUGUUCUUUCUUCUGCUAUAAUACUUGAAAUCCGGUAUGAAUCGGAGGAGGAUGGAGGAGGUGUUCCAGCUAUUUUACCUUACCACGAGGAUACCUCUUCUAAUAUCGCUUUAAGGAGGUCUUUCACGAAACAUAGUUCAGUUUCUUCUGGAGGUGAGAUUAUUGAAGUGGGUCCUUCUCAAAUGGAAUGGUACGACGAACCAGAUACUGGUCUUGUUGCCACAGAUAAAAGAAGACAAAGUGUACGGGAAGCAGCAGCUUUGUCAUCGCAAGACCAAGAAAAUAUAGGCCCUCGAGGAGGAAUGAAUGUGAAUAAUGAACAUGAUCGACAAAGGAACAUAGUAAGAGGUAAGGUGUCUCUUGCUCAUGUUAUCAAUAGGGCGGAAGGUUGUUCUCAACAUGGAGGCUGGCCGAGACAAAAAGCCAUGUCAAUAACGGAAAAGCUCGAGCAAGAGAAUUUGAGAUUGGAGCCUAGGUCAAGUCUACUUUGUUGGAAAGCUUCAAGCACUACUAGACGGAAGCUCUCAGCAUUGAAGAUCAGGACGCGAAGAUCACAAGCUCUAUCAAGGCUCGUCUUGUGCGGAAGGUGCAUUUCCGUGAAAUCUCCAAGAUAACAUUCUGACUGGCCUGGAGGUCCACCAGAUUUACAUGUAGCUAACUCAUCUCUGUGGUUUAUUCUCUGUAAUUGUAGCAAUCUGUAAGAAUGUAGGUUAUUCUGUGCAUCGUUUAACAUGUACUCCCAGAGGAAUGAAAGAAACUGCCAGAACAAAAAUGUCCAUUUUGUUCUCCUGAAUAUAUUUGAAUGCCAACAUCAACAAUUGCCACGC